UGUUCCGCUGCGUUGGGAUCAGAGGACGCAAAUCAAGUGAAACAAAUCUCCUGACAGGAGAAAAGUUCAUGCUGGAGUUUUCAAAGACCUCAGAGGGCUUUAUGAAGUCCAAGCUGAAUAUGGAGAGUUUGUCCAAGCCAGAGUUGCUGAUGCUUUUCAGCAUCCUGGAAGGAGAGCUGGAGGCCCGGGACCUGGUCAUUGAUGCCCUGAAGGCUCAGCGCAAAGAGCUGUUCAUCCAGGAGCGCUACGGCAGGUACAACCUCAGCGACCCCUUCCUGGCCCUGCAGAGGGACAGCGAGGCCGUCGGGGACCAGAACAAGGACCCGGGCUGUUCCUCCUCUACCUCCAACCCUCUGGUGGUUCUCAAACUGGUGGUGAGCCACUGCAGGAGGAUGCAGGAGAAAAUGCUGGCCCAGCUGGCUGCAGCGGAAAGCAGGCACAGAAGGGUCAUUGCAGAUCUGGAGGAGGAGAAGAGGAGGCACGCUGAGGACACGGCCGAGGGAGAUGAUGUCACUUACAUCCUGGAGAAGGAGAGGGAGCGCUUACAACAACAGCUGGAGUUUGAGCGCAGCCAGGUCCGGCGGCUGGAAAAGGAACAGCGACGGAUUACUGACCAGCUCGAAGAAGAACGGGCUCAGCACAAACAGCUCUCCUGCGCUUUAGCCAAAGAAUGCAAGUGGGCCAGCACCAGAGCUCUGGAGGAGGGUCACCGGCUGACCGAGCUGAGCCGCAAACUUGACAAGGAAAAGGAGGCUUGUCAGGCCCUCAGAAACGAGCUGGAGGACGAGAGGAGGCGAGCUCUGAGGAUGGAGGCGAGGGUGGAGGAGCAGCUGGCUGAGUUCGACACGGAGCGAGAGCAGCUCCGCUCACGUCUGAAGAAGGAGGAAGCUCACUGCUGUCAGCUACAACAACAGGUAGAAGAGCUGAAGAGGAAACUGGUGGAGGUGAAUAUGACGAGAGAUGUUAGGGAGGCAGUCACAGCUCCCGUGGAGGCAGAAAAAAAGGAGUGGGCCACAAAAGUUCCUCUUGGAAAAACAGCAGUAGACACUAUAAUGGUCGAGGACAUUGAAGAAGACAGAAGGCAGCAACCUGCGCAGCCAAAAGUGAACGGUCAUCACUGUCCGAUGGAGAGCACCCUAUCAGAUAACAUCUGUGUACAGAACGGGAAUUCUCCAGUUCAUCAAACCCAGACAAUCCCUCCUUCCUCCCCCUGCGCCUCGCCUGUCCUCGCCAAACGCCCGCCAGGCAGCCCGAGCCCCGGCAGCUACCAGUCUCCCUACCAGGCCGGGAUCAACCAGCGCUUCCACGCUGCUCGUCAUAAGUUUCAGGGUACGCUGGACCCAGAGCCUCAGUCCCAGCCUGCUGAAAAGCCUGCCCUACCCCCCUCGCCAAAGGACGUCCCUCCUGCAACCAGCAGCUCCUCCCCAGAGCCCAGCCCAGUCAAGCAGAUGGCCCGCAGCACCGUCACUCAGGUGCUGUCUCGCUUCACCACCGUGCAGCAGAGCGCCACACCGAAGCUCGCGGCAGCGAACAACUCCCCUUUCGGUACAGACUACCGCAGCCUGGCGGCGCCCUUGUCUCCGAUCAUCGGGAGGGCCGCGGGAAUUCUUCCACAGGGGAUCAGAUCACCCACCAUCCCCAGAGCUGACAGGGGCAACCCUCCACCCAUCCCGCCUAAGAAGCCCGGUCUGGCCCAGGCCCCUCCCUCCCCGGCAGCGCUCCCCAGGUCAGCCAGCCACUUCUCCGACAGCCCGCUGUCAGGCAGCUGCGGCCUCACCUCCGGCCAGGAGGGAGUCAAAGAACUGGACAUGGUGGUCUCUUCUAAUUAACUGGUCAAUAAAUUAGUCAGCAAUCUACACUACUGGUCAAAAGUUUUAGAACACUCCAACUUUUCCAGAAUUUUAUUGAAAAUGAUGCAGUUUAAUGUCUCAGCGUACUCUGAAAUUAAUGCAUGUAACAAAUAAACAACUGAAGUUAAAAAAUAAAUCAUAGAAUCAGUUUAGAAAGGAAAAUGUAUUCUAAACUGUUGACUCAUCGAAGUAGCCACCUUAACAGAUAGAACAGCUGAACACACUCAAUGGAAAUCAAAUAUUCUUCAGAAAGUUCUUCCCAACUCUGUUGCAGAAGUUCCCAUAAAUGUGGAGCAACCUAUAAGUUGUAAGUGAUCAAGAAAAGUUGGGACACCUGUAGGAAUUGGUAGCAACUUAGCAACUUUCAAGGCUUGAUCAACCUCCGUUGCUGCAGAACUGCUUUAAGUUUUUAAUCCAUUUCUUGUUCCCUGAAAAAGGCCUUUUUGUAUAAUUAUGAAGUGUACAUUCUUUUUCAGUUUUGGUUAACCUUACCUUUUAUUAUUUACCUCUGGCAGUUCAACACUUACCUUUGUACCCAUUCUAGCUGUUCAUUGGACUUGAACUGCUUGAAUUUCAAUAAAGAAUUGAAAAAUUGUGGUGUUCUAAAACUUUUGACCGGUAGUGUACAUCUCCUUGUUAUGAUUGUUGAGAUAUUUUUGUACAUGACAGGAUUUAUAUCCUUAUCUGAACAGAGGUCCCUUCAAACACUGUUGUAAUUGUAUUUAUUAGAUGUUUGUUUUUUUUAAUGCGCUGAGGCACUAUUUCAGGUAGUGGUCAACAGGCUGGUACUAAUGAAGAGUUGCAUUCAUAGUUUUAGCCUCAAAAGUGCCGAUACGGUAUGUUUGGCACACCGUACUGUUACAAUAUAUCAAGUCUUUUUUAAAGUGUCAUAUUUCCAAAGAAAUCAGUUCAUCACCUGAAGAUGUAAUAUUAUUUUUCUAGUAUGUUGCUUGUUAUUACAACAAAAACUGUAAUCUUCAGACCAAAUGUAACAAGUAGGCUUGGACCAAUGUAUGUUACAAUGUAUGUCUCAUUUCAGUGAAUUCGUAUGUACGUAGCUGUCAUCUUUAUAUUGAAAAAAAAAAAGCCUGUAUAGUUUAUUUUAUAAAUGUUCUUUAGUUAUUGUAUAAUAGUUUACAAAGCAGAUAAUCUGAUCAGUGUUAUACUGAGCUUUGUUCAUGUAAUACUUUAAUGUUGCUUUGUUAUGAUAAUCUAUGCUCAGAUUAUAUGCAGGUACCAUUGUACUCUUGUUUCUAAUGAAUGUCAUGCCUUUUUCAUUUAUAAGAAAUCAUUAUAAAACGCUCAAGUAUUUUAUAGUCAGUCACGGCUUUGAUUCACUUCAUAACGCAGAUGCCGUGUUGGUUAUGUUUUAUUUGAUCAGAUCCUUUACAGUACUGUAAAUGCUGGAAAGUGACAGAUACAAUAAAUUUAUCCCAAAGAG